UCGCUGUGCCGUGCCUCGAGCCAGCGCUGAGUGGAGCCUGUCUGCCAACAGCUUCAGCAGCGGCUCUUUCUGGAACCCACUACACUCACUGACAAUUAAAGGAGGCCCCUUUUUCUUCUUAUUUCCGAGGAUUAUUCUUCACCAUGGGCGACAAAAAGAGCCCUACCAGGCCAAAAAGACAAGCCAAACAGACCGCUGAUGACGGCUACUGGGACUGUAGCGUCUGCACCUUCAGGAACACCGCCGAGGCUUUCAAAUGCAGCAUCUGCGAUGUGAGGAAGGGCACAUCCACAAGGAAACCCAGGAUCAACUCCCAGCUGGUUGCCCAGCAAGUGGCUCAGCAGUACCCCAUGCCUCCCCCACCUAAAAAGGAGAGGCGGGAGAGGAGUGAGCGCACAGACAAGGAGCGCCCAGACGGCGAAGGAGAGCGCGCCAAUGGAGAGGGACGCCCAGAGGGUGAGCGUCCAGAGAGAGUGAGGCCAGAGGCAGACACUCCCGAGAAAGAAAAGAGUGACAAGGAACAGCCAAUCAAAGACAAACCUGACACAGAGAAGGACAUCAGCCCGGCCAUCACAAAGAAGCCCAGCAGCAAAAAGACCAGACCCAAAUCAGACAACCAUCAGAGCUCACCCAGUGACAAACACAGCAUACAAUCUGGCAAAUCGGCAACCAAGACCAACAAGAACUCUCACAUUUCCAGGCCCAAACUGAAGAACAUUGACCGGAGCACCGCCCAGCAGUUGGCUAUCACUGUAGGAAACGUGACAGUGAUCAUAACAGACUUUAAGGAGAAGACCCGCUCCUCUUCCACGUCCUCGUCCACCAUCACAUCCAGCGCGGGCUCCGAACAACAGCACCAGAGCUCCGGCUCCGAGAGCAUGGACAAGGGCUCGUCGCGCGCCUCCACGCCUAAGGGGGAUCUCUCUGUGGGGCACGACGAGUCGUUCUGAGGCCCUGUUCAAUUUGCCCCAUGCCCCCCCGUCCGCCAUCCUCACCCUGCGCCGCUCCCCCUUUUCCCCAUGUUUUCUGGACACAAUGGAUCCCAUAAGGGGAGAGAUUUCACCUUUCCCAUCGCUGCCCUGCCUCCAUUCCAUGACCAACCCCGGAUCCUGAGAGGAACAGUGCGGUGCGCCUGCUGGAGGAACAAACACUCUGCUGAGGAAACUUCCCUCGUGGUUACACCAGUGGCACAGGCGAGGCAAGCUGGGCUACAAGGCAUAUAAUGGCCCCAUCCCCAACCUCCCCUGCGGUAGCAUCCAGACACUUGUAUGUAUUGUUUUAUAUUCGUAUGUGGAUGUGAGGCCAAGUCGACUUUUUUUUUUUGUUUUUGUAAAGAAGAAUUCUCCGCUGGGCACAAUAACCACCAUCAUUUCAAUAACUUUAAACUAUUAUUACCCUUAUUUAUUACUUGUUGCACCUGUAUACUUUGAUGUUCUACUUUUUUAUGUUGAAGCUUGGCUGUGUUAGCUCUGCCGAUCGGUCAUUCCUUCAGUGUUUUUAUUACAGCUUGAAAAUGAUAGGACAAGACUCGAGUCACACACACACAGACAAACAGACACACACAAACACACACACACACACACACACACUGGUGCUAGAUACACUGUGAAGCGGUUUUGCAGAUCUGGGAUUGCCCAUUCACUCAAUGUGACAAAGUGCUGAUGAAUCAAAUUCUCAUUCACUUUCCUCAACAACACUGUCUCACUCUGAACACUGUCGGGACCUCCGUCAGGUCCAUCUACAUGUUCUGUACAGGUUAACGUGCAUCAGUCGGCCACCUGAGGUUCACACGCCUGACUUUUUCAACUAGAUUGUCUAUGAUUUAGUAUGCUAUAGCAAAUCUCUUAUACAGCAUCUUAUAUCCUUAACUGUACAGUGUAGGCUGUUGUGUAAAACACUAAAAGCUGUUGAUAUUUUUUGCAUUCCGUUCUUCAAUGUUGAGUUUUCUGGCCGAAGGUGGGGCUGCUCCUCGCAGCUCUCGAGCCAGAGUUUUUUCUGUUGUGACUGAAGGAUGGUUCCGCACAGUUCCACUUGGUAAAACCAUAUCGAACUGUAAAAUAGGCCUGUUGUGUCAAGCUGUUGUGAAUCGAUCUCAUUUUUUCUUUUGUUGCGGUCCUGAAGACGACUUUGAAUCUUCAUUCUCUCUCCCUGAAAACAAGUGCAAACUCGUGAACAAUUUUGCAAAGACUGACAAUUCAAUUGACUUUUCUUUUUUUUUUUUUUUUUUUAAUUAAUUUAAGACUCCUGUCAAUGAAGGCAAAAAAAUAUUGCAGUAGUUAAUAAAACACAAUUGCUCUUUGAAUUUUUAGAACAGCAAGGCUUAUUUAAGGGUUUUAAUUCACUUUCACCUUAGCUGAAACUAGAUCAACAUAAUUUCCUUUUUAACUGUAUGAAAUUGUAUAAAGAAUAAAUGUGUAUAUGAUAUCUUAGUUUUAUUUAUUGAAGGACCAAAGGAAUUUCAUAAUGACAUGAUAAAUAGACAGAUAAAUAACAAUUUGAAAUGCAAUUAUCUAAUGUGUGAGAUGAAUAACAGUUUAAAUAAAGACUAAUAUAAUCCAUGUAAAUGGUGUUCUUAUUGUCCACUUUUCUCUGUGUACGGCUAAUCUGGGGCAGAGAACCGUCAGUAGUCGAAGAACUUUACCGGCUCUGCACCCGCUGGUGGAUCUCGCCUCACUCUGCAGGCGAUGAGAAGCAGGCUGGGUGCGGGUGGGUAGCUGAGAAGAGCUCUGGGUCUGCUGGGUCAAGGCCUUUGGCUUUAGUAAACCCCCCCCCCCCUCCUCCUUCACUCUGCUGGACUGCCACAGUACAUUUAGCCCCCCCACACCCCCACCCCCCACCCCAUCAGAGGCCCCCGACUCGCUCCCAGAGCAACUAAAACCAGGUUAGGUGAGGUUAACAAGUGAACUAAAAGCUUUGCAAUUUCACACGUAUAGGGAUGAUAAUCAUAUGUGUGUCGUAAGCAAUGUUUGAAACCCCAGAGAUACGUGUUCAUAAGUUUGUUUUUUUUCUGCUCUUAAACUAUGGUUAAAAUGUAAUUAUGUACUUUAUUGCAUACAAAUAUGGAAUCAGUGUUCAAAGUGAGGAAAAGCAAUGUGAAUAGAAGUAAAAAAAAAGCAGGACUGUUGAGUCAGAGGGGGAAAAAAUUCUUUGUCCAAUUUUUACUGAGAAUAAAAGCCUGUUUGUAAUGCAAUCUGUUAGAACUGGGCCUAAAAAGCCAUUUUUUUUCACCUGCCUUAUCUGCAACCACAUUCACUUGACUGAGUACUCCGACAGAAAGGAUUCAUUGUUAAAUUAUUGACAAAUGGCCAUUUGCUGAGUAUAUGAAUUAUUGCUUGUAUAUAGAAAUUUAAAAAGGUGCAAAAGCAAACACUAUGACUAAUGGCAUUGGAGCUGAAGUCUUUUGUUUCCUGUUUCCUUUCCGCGCAAGCAGUUCUGUUCUUGUGUGCGACCAGUAACCUUAAUUUACUGUGUAAAGAUGGUUACAUUUUUUAGCUUUGUUUGUCAGAGACCCAAAUAUAGAAGGCUUGUUUACUGACUGUAUAACCUUAACCGUGAAUUUCCAAUUAAGUGUAUUAUACAAACUCAUUUCUUCCUAUAACAAUGUCUUGUACAAUGCUUUUAAAGUUAUUGCUCGGUUUUAAAGAAAAAAGAAAAAAAAAUGUUUUAGGGACAGUACAAUAAUCCAUUCUUUGUUUAAUUGAAUUUUUAGUUUUUCUGUUUUUGUUCUGUUUUAUUUUGUUUUUGUUUUGUUUGUUUUUUUAACUUAUAGCUGAUGUGUCAUUGUUUCCCCUUGUGAAAUGGUCACAUUAUGUUCCUGGUGUGGAAAUGUACGCAGCAUUUUCAGCGGAUCACGGCUCCUUGUCUAGCUUAUAAUGUUAAAAUAAUACAUGUUUCUGGCAUGUGCACGACUUUGCGCUUAUAGGCUAACCUGAUCAUUUUCCUCCGCUUCAAAUAGAAAUGUCUAUUUAUGAAUUUUGCUUGUAGUUUUUCACAAAUAAAAUUGUUAAAGUUA